AUGGCGCCUCUCGCGCCGGCUGAUCUGAACCGUAUCGUCGAGACCAUCGACCAGUCCGCCCCCGUCGACAUUUCUGCACCGUAUUCCCCUUCUACGCUCAGGGGAAAGGUCAUCCUCAUCACAGGCGGCUCUUCAGGGCUUGGCGCCGCCUUUGCCCGGCACUGGGCUUCUCACGGCGCUCACCUCAUCAUCGGUGACAUCAACACCGAUGCCGGCGAGGCCCUCAUCGCCGAGCUGCGCACCUCGGACAACAACAGCGGCUCUCACCACUUCAUCCAUUGCGACGUGACCUCAUGGGCCUCACAGGCUUCUCUCUUCCAGCAGGCCGUACGUCUCUCGCCCACCGGUGCCCUCGACGCCGUCGUCGCCUCUGCAGGCAUCUCGGAUAGGAAUGGCGCUACGACGGGGAAAGGCUUCGAGAACCCGGCCGGCCUGGACCUACCAAACCCGCCAGCCCCGGACCUGAGCUGCAUCCAGGUGAACCUCGUCGGCAUCAUGUAUACGGCGCACCUGGCCUUGUUCUGGCUGCCGAGGGACGCAUCAUCGCCCGAUGCUGCAGCAGCAGCGGCAGCAGCAGCAGAACAACAAGGAAUUCCCCCCACCACAACCAAGACCAGAGACAGACACCUCCUCCUCGUCGGUUCCUCGGCAGGGCUAUACCCCCUCCCCGGCGUGCCCGAGUAUGUCACCUCCAAGCAUGGUGUGACGGGGCUCUUCCGGUCCCUGCGCAUCCUUAGCUACCGCCAGGGGAUUCGCGUCAAUAUGCUGUGCCCAUACUUUGUCGACACUCCGAUCCUACCGAACCGGGCCGUCGCCGUGCUCUCCGGCCUGGGGCUCGCCCGCGUCGACGACACUGUCGACGCCGCCACCCGCCUCGUGGCCUGCGACCAGCAGCAGGGCCGCAUCGCAGGCCGGGCCCUGCUGGUUGGGCCCAGAAUGGACCUGCGGAAAAGGGGGGAUGACGGAGACGAGGUGCUGGUCGACAAAAGCGUGGCCGAGGGGAAAGGGCAGGCAGUCUGGGAGGUGUACGCACACGACUACGACACAGUCGACUUCUUCAUCAGAAGGUAUAUUCGGCUGCUCAACACCGUCGCCACGGUCAAGGGCUGGGUCGGCUUCAUUCGGGACCUGUGUCACACACUGUUUGUGCGCAAGGAUCCCAAAACCGCAAGGGCCAAGAUUUGAAGAGAGAGGAGUCCCUUCUUCUUCUUCUUCUUCUUGUUGUUGUUGUUGUUAAUGUUGUUGGAUGGAACUUAUGCGAGGGGUGUUGUGUUUUUACUGUGCAUAUAUGUGAGGCUGAGACAUGCAUGCAUAUACAUAUACAUAUGAUCAGGAGGAGGAUGGAUGGGGGCCAAGGUCGUCUCCACCCACUGUUUCUGUUUUAUGUUUUCAUCCCUCCCUUCUACUCAGACUUUACCCCUCCUCCUACAAAUGCAGGGCGCCCAAAAACAUGGACAAAAUCAGUCAAGGUAGCAUGGAGGUACUUACUGCACUACUUACUGACCGUGGACAGGUUAUCACAGUGAAAGAGUGAGAGAGAGAGAGAGCAUGACGCAGGUACUUAUUAUGACAAUUGAUCCCCGAGCAUUGAUUUGAUUUUGGAUUUCCCCCAGAGCAACUGAGACAACAAGCAAAGAAAAAAAUGUCCCACCGACAUGGAGCAACAUUUAGUGAACCUUGACAAGGAGAGAAUAGCAACCCGGAACCUUUCUGCCGCGCCGGAACCCGAGUAUGAAAAAUAUAAGAUAGAAAACGAUGACGAUGGCAGUCAGGAGGACAGGACAGGAGAAUAUUGACGAUGGCUGCCCGAUAAAGAGUACCAUCCCAUCCCAUCGCCCAGGCUUGCCAGCCUCAGAGAACAUACAACAACAAGAUCAGAAUUCUUCUCGAAACAAAACGAUUGCCGCCCUAAAGCCAACGCCGCACCAAGGAAUACCCCAGCACCAAAACAUCCUCUUGCGGUUUCCCAGGCCUUUAUCAAACACCAACCGACCACAGAGAACCCCGAUGAUGAUGCUGAUUCUCUGUCCAAUGCCACCACCGUGAACUGUUGGUGCGGAUCUCAUGCAGGCCUCCUUGCUGGAAACAAAAAGAGAAAAAUAUUGUGUUUUCCAGGUCAGACUUUGAGCAUGACGAGAUGGCCGCCAGCAGUCUACACGCGUGCGCGUCUUGUACUGCCGCUGAGAACGCCCGGUGCGUCUAUGCCGAUUUCCAGUCCCUGCCAGGACGUCACCUUAGGUCGUCGCGCCAUCCAGGAUCAAAUCAAAAGAAGCCGAACCCCUCUCUCGUGUUUCUUGGGUUCCCCUCACCAUAAAACGUCUCAAGCCCCCCCGCCGUGUAUGUAUUCGUGCCUUGGGUAUGGUGAAUGUUGCCGCCGCCAUGUGAUGCGUUUUCCUCCCGCGCCUUGAAUGAUGAGAUCUUUCCUUUCAAAAUACAAUUCCAGCAUGUCCACCCUUCCCUUUCUUUUUCGUACUUUUCUUUUUGUUCGAAACAACAUGUUGAAAUUGACGUCGGCGCCGGUGGUUGCCCAACGUCUCGAUGUACCUCUUCCACUCCCUUCGGGUGCGCUGAGUAGUUUGGUACUGGCACCCCUUCUUCAAGACUAUGGCCCGUUGGGAUCCGAUGGCUCAUGCGCGCCGGAUAAAACAACCUGAACAAUCCAUAACCCUGAUCCCAAAAGCCGCCAGUCAUGAGUGUUGUUGUCCUGC